UUAUUCUUAAUGUAAUAAGUUUAUUCGUUACUGAAAAAUGUUAUGCAUGCUACAAUUCGAAAGAUUUUUGUCUCCAAAUUUAAGAAUCUUUUGAGUGAGGGUUUUUUAUAUAGUGUGAAGGAUUUCAAGGUUACUGCAAGUACAGGGGAGUAUAGGCCUGUUUCAACUGCGUAAAAAAUUAUUUUUCAUCGUAAUACUUUAGUGAUGAAGUUAGAAGAAGGAAGCAUUAAGAUUCCAACUCAUGGAUUUCAAUUCAUAGCUCAAAAUUUGAUUGAUUCACGUGUUAAUGACCACACAAUCCUCUCAGAUAUUGUUGGAUGUUUAUGUGGUGUGAGAGACCUUGAAAUUAUUAGUGGAGGUUGGAAAAAAAGAGACCUAAAAGUUAUAACAGAUUACUCAAUCACUUCAAAAAUUACUUUAUGCGGUAAGUUGGCAGAGAUGUUUGAUAUGAAUGUGUACAAAAAAGAUGAGGGCCAUUUUAUUGUGAUAGUAACUUCUACGACAAUUAAACAAUUUCAAGGUCAUUACUAUAUGUUCAUCUCAAUAUUACAUCAAAAAAAAUUUUACUAUGUCUUUCAAUUAUAAUUUACAUGAUUUCACAAUUACUAUAAAUAGGUGAAAAAAGUUUUUCUUCAACAAGUGCUACACAAUUAUACAUAAAUCUAGAAAUAGAUUAUGUAGCAUUUUUAAUUGAACGAUUUUCAACUGUCGUUAAUGGGGUGCAAGAUAUUGGAAGCUCUAAUGUGAAUGAGGUAUCACUUGAGGAAGAGAUGUUCAUCAAUCGAAUGAGCAUUAAAGAACUGCUAGAGGCUGAAUGGGAUGAUAAAUUGAAGGGAAUUUUAAUUUCUAUUCAUUUUCUCUUCUCUUAACUAUUGUUGUAUUAUGUGAAUUAAUAAAGGCAAAGAUUAUUGAAAUAGAUACUACAUUUAAAUGGUAUUAUGUGUCUUGCAAAACGUAUUUGAGAAAGGUUGAUUACAAAGAUGGUGUUUAUUAUUGUGGCCAUUGUAAAAAAAUGUG